GAUACAAGUAAAACCUAAAUUAUUCAGUACUGAGAGAGUUUAGUGGUAGAGAUAACUAAGUUUUUUUCUCUAUCUCACUCUUAUUGAAGCUAGCUAUGGGACUGUUCACAGUUGAGAAUCCUUUGGUUCUUACCUUUGGCCUCUUAGGUAACAUCAUCUCAUUAAUGGUGUACCUUGCUCCAAUACCAACAUUUUACAGAAUUUACAAGAAAAAAACAACUGAAGGGUUUCAAUCUUUGCCCUAUGUGGUUGCAUUAUUCAGUUCAAUGUUGUGGAUAUACUAUGCAUUCCUCAAAUCUGAUGCAACCUUUCUUAUCACCAUUAACUCGGUGGGAUGCGUCAUUGAAACUAUCUACCUCGCCAUGUACAUGGCUUAUGCAGCAAGGAAGGCUAGGGUCCAGACGACCAAGUUUCUCCUGUCCUUGAAUGUCGGUGUAUUUUGUUUGAUUCUUCUUCUCACUCUCUUGUUGGUGAGAGGGCCAAACCGUGUCGUAGUUCUGGGGUGGGUUUGUGUUGGCUUCUCUGUAUGUGUUUUUGCCGCUCCUUUAGGCAUUAUGCGGAAAGUUAUAAAGACAAAAAGUGUAGAGUUUAUGCCGUUCUAUCUGUCGCUUUUCCUCACAUUGAGUGCUGUUGCAUGGUUUUCUUAUGGCUUACUACUCAAGGACAUGUACAUUGCUCUGCCAAACAUACUAGGGUUCAUUUUUGGGAUGGGUCAGAUGAUCCUAUACGUAAUCUACAAGGGAGCAAAACCACAAAAAAUUGUAGAAAAUGAGGCUAAUAGUGUAGUCGAGGUCACUAGUGUCGAUACGCAUGCCACUCUUAUUGAUGUCAUUAACCUGAAGGAGAUUCUUUCCGACGGACAAAUUAUUAUUGUCAACCAUAACAAUAUUGAAGAUGUUCAUGAGCAACUCGCUAAAGAAAAGAACAUUGGAGGAGCAAUACUGUACCAGCACCAAAAUGUUAUUGAGAUUUAGUUAAGAAGUGUCUCUGGUACAUACUGUUUUGUGUAUCACACUUCUUUCUUUCUUUCUUUUUUUUUUU